AUGCUUUCAAGGGUAGCACGACCGGCUCUGAGAGCUGGAGCUGCGGCUAUUCCUGCUCGUGCCGUCAACAAUGGAGCAGCUGGCUACGCUACCCUUCGAGAAAUCGAAGGUCGUCUAAAGUCUAUCAAGAAUAUCGAGAAGAUCACCAACACCAUGAAGAUCGUGGCCUCCACCAAGUUGACCCGUGCCCAACGUGUCAUGAACGACUCUCGAAAGUACGGCCAGACCUCCAACGAAGUCUUCGAAUCCGCCGAGACUAAGCCCCUCGAGGGUGAGGGCAAGAAGACCUUGUAUAUCGUGUGCAGCUCCGACAAGGGUCUCUGCGGUGGUGUUCACUCCGGUCUCUCGCGUUUUAUGCGCCGACAACUAGCUGCCAACGAUCAACCUGCCGAUCUAAUUCUCAUCGGAGAGAAGUCCAGGGCCCAGCUCAGCCGUACGAAUGCCAAGGACAUCGUUCUCAGCUUCGCCGGUAUUGGAAAGGAUAUCCCGACCUUCGCCGAUGCCCAGGCCAUCGCCGACCAGGUUACGCAGCUUCCUACCGACUACACUGACAUCAAGAUUGUGCACAACAAGUUCAUCAACGCUACCAGCUACGAACCCAUAAUCAUCGAGGCUUUCUCGGAGGAGGCCAUUGCCAACUCCCCCAACUUCUCUGCCUUCGAGGUCGACGAGGAGCUUCUGUCUAACCUCCGGGAAUACGCCCUAGCUAACUCUCUCUACUGGGCUCUUGCCGAGGGACACGCCUGCGAGAUCUCUGCCCGACAACAGGCUAUGGAUAACGCCUCCAAGAACGCUGGUGAGAUGAUCAGCAAGUACCAGAUUCUUUUCAACCGAACUCGUCAAGCCGUCAUUACAGGCGAACUAGUCGAAAUCAUCACUGGUGCCACCGCCUCGGAGGACAUGUAG